UACGCAUGCGUGUAGCAGUCGCAUUGUAAGCUAUCCGAAUUUUUAAUUCUAAAAAAUGUCAGAGAAAGGAGAAGUGGAUUUAACUGGCGCUAAACAGAACACGGGCGUGUGGCUCGUAAAGGUGCCCAAAUAUCUUUCUCAGCAAUGGGCAAAAGCAUCAGGAAGAGGAGAGGUCGGGAAACUCCGCAUCUGCAAGAAAGGAAACCUUGGGAAAGCAGAGGUGUCAUUCACUUUGAAUGAGGAACUGACAGCGAUUGAAGGCAUAGAAGAUAAGACGGUGUCUGCACCUCGUGAGCACCCAUUCACCAUGCAGUCAGUCGGCGGUCAGACGCUCGCCGUCUUCACCGAAAGUUCAUCGGGCCAGUCAGAAGAAAGAUCUGAUGGCAGCAGCUCAGGUUCGGGGGCAGGGGGAGGUCCAGAUAAAAUAGCCUUGGAGGGAGUGGUGGUGCAGAGAGCGGAAUGCAGACCUGCUGUUAGUGAAAGCUACAUGAGGCUAAAGAGGCUACAAAUCGAAGAGUCCUCAAAGCCAGCCAGGCUGUCAAAACAACUGCAGAGUCCCGUCACAAACAACUACAAACCUGUGGCCAACCACACAUACAAUCUGGAGUAUGAGAGGAAAAAGAAAGAGGAGGGCAAGAGAGCCAGAGCUGACAAACAGCAGGUGUUGGACAUGUUGUUUUCUGCUUUUGAGAAACAUCAGUACUACAACAUCAAAGACCUGGUGGACAUCACCAAACAGCCUGUGAUUUACUUGAAAGAAAUCUUGCGUGAUAUCGGCAUCUACAAUGUGAAGGGAACACACAAGAAUACCUGGGAGCUCAAGCCAGAAUACCGACAUUACCAAGGAGAGGAAAAGACUGAUGAAUAGUUUCCAAACCUUGCCAUGCUGGCACAUCAUCUUUAUAUGGGUGUAACUCCCAGAUCAGGCCUUGGUUGGACCUUGGAGGACUGACCUGAUUUCUUUACAUCAGAUCAAACACUGAAUGACAAGGUCAAGCAGAGGUCCAGUUUUACAAAUAGAAGUUGUUAUAUACUGUUGUCAUUAUGAAGGAAACAAGAAGAAUCUGCAUUAGGAGACAAUAUGAGGUUUAAUGCUUGUGUGCACCGUUUCUUCCAGAUGUGCUCUCUGUAACAGCUCUAGCAGAAUCUCAAGGUAAAAGAGAGUAUUUGAAUUAGGUGUGCCGUUUAUAAGAGACAGACUUGGCAUUGUUCAAAGCUGAAGAUGCACUGUUGUUUUUAGCAGUUUCUAAGGACUAAGAAGUAAUUAUGGGUUUCAUUUUUCAAAGAUAAACCUCAGGUAGGUUAGAAUCGCUCUCUAAAAUAAUGUGCUACAGAACUUUUUCCCUGGACAUUUUUUGAUAAUUUCCUUUUUUUGUAAAAUGACUCUUGUGUUUUUUUAAAGACCCAACCUAGCAAGUUUCAGAAUGACAACUUUUGAAGAUUAUUUUAGCCUGAACUUGUGUUGACAAAAUUCAAUCUGUGACAUUUUUUCGGAAAUUAUGCUUCAAGGUUCUUGACAUUUUUAACUUUUAUUAUUUGAUGUAUGUAUAAUAAAUAAAUGUUUUCACUAGAAAAAAUAGUUCA